GUCGGCCCCCCAAUUUGUUUCUUUCGCUUCUGUCAACCUGUUUUUUCCUAAUAUCUAAUCAUCUACACCCUUUGCCCCCGUGGCUGUGCGAAGAAUAUGUCCUUGGAGUAAGACCGCGUUAUGGUCGUGUGCCUCUCCGGCCGUUCUGUACUCCUUCGGAAGUUUGCGACCUCCUCUACUGGGAAGAAGGCUGGACUGAUGGAUCCCAUCUCUUUCACGGCGCCUGGCCGUCGUAAGACCGGUGCCAAAAAGUUUUCGACAUAUUCGAAGUCAUGGAAUCAAUAUCACAAGGAAAAUAACUACAACUAUGAUCAUAAAACAAAGGGUUCUUUCGGUUCGAGACUCCGCUUUGCCUUGCGGAACACCAAGGUGGAAUGGUAUCCUAUCCCGGUCGGACUAGGCAUCGGUCUUUUGGGGUUGUUGCAAUACUACAAGACACAACGGGCGGAAAGACGACGAAUAGAACAAGAGGCGUGGGAAGAAGCAUGGGAAUAUGGAAAGCCUCCUCCACGUCAAAGAAUAAGACCUAGCGGACCAUGGCAGGUUCAAAUCAUGUCGACGUUGCCUCUCAAGGCAAUCUCGCGACUAUGGGGACGCUUCAAUGAACUCGAACUCCCCUAUUAUCUUCGUGUCCCCGGCUUUAAGCUGUACUCCUGGGCCUUCGGUGUCAACUUGGACGAGGUGGGCGAGCCAGAUCUUCAUACCUACCCGAAUCUGGCAGCCUUCUUCUACCGCAAGUUGAAGCCGGGCGUCCGCCCUCUAGACCCUGACCCACGCGCCAUUCUAUCUCCCUCCGACGGUCGUAUUCUGCAAUUUGGCUUGAUUGAACGCGGUGAAGUGGAGCAAGUCAAGGGCGUAACGUACAGUUUGGAUGCACUUUUGGGUGCUGCGACCCCGGCCAACGCUGACCACAAAAAGAAAUUCACCGACCACUUCUUGGAACCUUCUCAGAAGGAUGCAGCAAACAUGGCAGCCGAUGAGGAGUUUGCUCAAAUGAAUGGCAUCUCCUACACGCUACCUACCCUUCUUGCGGGAGAACCUGGAGCCGCAGGAAAGAAACGAGCGGCAUCUAUCGAUGCUUCCACAACCUCAAGGCCCACCUCAGAGGCCAAGGUCAAGGCUGAUUUGGCUCUGGGCGAUGGUGCUCCAUGGUAUGCUCCCAAACCGAUGUCGAAUAACGCACUCUAUUAUGUGGUCAUCUAUCUCGCCCCAGGUGAUUAUCACCGAUUCCAUUCCCCGGUGCCAUGGGUUGUUGAGAGCCGUCGUCACUUUGCCGGAGAACUUUACUCUGUUUCCCCGUACCUGCAACGCCACCUCCCUGGUCUAUUCACUUUGAAUGAACGAGUAGCCUUCCUGGGUCGCUGGCGCUGGGGCUUUUUCAGUUACACCCCAGUGGGUGCCACCAACGUGGGAUCGAUCAAGGUCAAUUUUGACCGCGAGUUGCGCACCAACAGCCUCACAACCGACACUGCAGCUGACAUGGCUGCUCUCUUGGCCGCCAAGCGGGGUGAGCAGUACCCUGGCUUUGUCGAGGCAACUUAUCUCCAUGCCAGCAGGACACUGGGUGGACAUCCCCUCCAGCGUGGUGAGGAAAUGGGUGGAUUCCAACUGGGUAGCUCUAUCGUACUCGUCUUCGAGGCUCCUGUGGGAACUCGAAAGUCAUUCGAUGCCGGCUGGACAGGCGGCGAAAGAGAAGGCGGAUGGAACUGGUCCAUCGAGAAGGGCCAGCGUGUUAAGGUGGGUGAAAAGCUGGGAUUUGUGGAUGUUGAAGCUUAAAAAUUGGCCAUUUUGUUUAAUACGCGAAUCGGUUGGGACUUUCAACAAAUUCCCAGCUGAUAUUUGCUUUUCCCCUGUUCUUUGACAUUGCAAAGCCUAGGAGCAGUGGCUCUCGGUUUUCUUAUUCUGCACUGCUCAUACCAUACCAUCUCUUGUAUAUUUGCUAAAUAGAUCGUACGACACCCUAGCUCGAAUAAUAUCAACUAUUUUGUUUCUUUGCAGCUUCCUAUAAAUGAAC